CUCUCUCUAGCCAUCUCACAGCCCUCUUGAACCAACUCCAACUCACAGCUUGCGUUCAACAGCGGAUUAACCUCACUUAUUCUUCACUCGGCACUUGCAAGAUUCACGGAUGAGAUUCGGGCCCUUGCUUGCGCUGCUUCUGUCUGGACUGGGGUCUUCCGUUUUCGCUGGAGAGACGACAACGACAACAGUUUCGGACAAGGAAGCAGCAGCAGCUGAGAAACGCGGCGAUCGGCCCGAGAGACCCACUAGACCCACGUACCUGCGCCCGCGUGACCAGAUGGAUGGCCGAGGCCCGGUCGCGUCGGCGCCGUUGGUGGGGGCCAAGCAGGACGUGACGGGCUCAAACGACAAGCAUCUCAGCGAAGUCACCGAAUUCGCAGCGAAAUACCUCACGGAGCAGAACUCAGAACUCACCUACAUCCAGGUCAAGGCCGAAGUUCAAGUGGUUGCGGGCAUGAUGUACACGUUGCACUACCGAGGAAAUGACGCCGCUGGCGAGUGUCUGGAGGAACGCACCCUCGUAGUUUACGACAAGCCAUGGCUGGAUGAACGCACCCUCAAGAGUGACACCGUCACGGAGUGUACUUAGGGCGCUGCUGCUCCCUUGCUGAACUCAAUCAUAGCAGCAGCAGGCAUCACGCCCCCCCCCCCUCCCCCCCCCACCCUCGGCACACAUGCGUGGGCGUCGCGGUUACGACGCCAAUCGAAACAAAACAGAGCUUGUUGCCCGAGAGAUACCGCAGGAGGAGAGUAUUCACGGUCAGCGCGGCUACUGCCGUAUGUAGUCUUUGUUUCUUCCAUAGACCUUCAGCCCGCGCUUUCGCGCGCGGCCGGGCGGGGGUACCGGGGUGGAGAGCGAAUGUCCUAUGGCAUAUUUUGCGAUACGUUUGGUUGCUUGUAGAGUAAGAAGUGGUGCAGAGAAACAACGUUGAGAUUAUGUCCCGCUUUCCGGGUUGUUGGCUUUGCAUCCAAACAUACAACAACGGUGAAAUGUGCAUAGAGUUUGUACGCAAGCUUCAUGCGGUACUAGAGUGUGCAAUUGUGACGGGGUGUACAACGGGAAAUCCGUCCCGUGCAUGCAUUUGGUGGUUCUUGAAUGUCGUUGUUGUUUGAUAUCCUCGAGUGUGCCGUCGGACUUAUUGCCUCUGGCUUGGGCCACUGCUGUCUCCUUCUGGCUUGAUUUGUAUUUCUAUUCAGGCAUCCGCACCCAUCCGCGUUUGAAGUAUUUUUUCUUCCAAGCAUCAAGUGAAAUUCCACAUUAGGCAAGAACGCUUGUUGUGGGGUGCGUGCAGUUGUUGCGGUGCGAGACUGCCGCGGGGAUCGCUGAUCUAACGCCCACGGUCUGUUCUUGAUUGCGCAAAAGGAACCCUUUUUGAGGCUAGCUAGUGAGUUGUUCCGGCUGACUGCGUCUGGAAGGUAGCAAGAUUAUGUGGCGGCCGUCUCGAGAAUAUCCGACGUUCUCAUUGAGUUCGAGGUCUUGUUCGAAAACUUAUCCUUCACGACGACCCUUGUAUGUCUCGUACAACCUGAACCGACCACACCCUUUAUACUUUGCGGUUGUGUGUUCGUUUCUGUUACCUUGUGCCGUGAGUGGAGGUGUUCACAAAGAGUCGCGAACGGACCAAAGAGUAAAUUUCAUUGAGCUCCUCCAAAACUAUACUCUGCGCACGGCGUGGAACAAAUGAGGAGGGGUGUUUGAUUUAUCCAAAUUCGUUCCAUGAGUCAUUCAUUGCGC